AUGAAGAGUGCACCAGAAUGUGACAUGUGGGGCUUUGGGACAGAGCAUCUCCAGCGCGAAGCCCAGCCCGGGGGAAAGGCUGCCAAAGGCAGCCCGAGACAGCUCCAGCGUAGGGCCCGUAGCCCGGUUUGGUGGUGGGUCCCACGUGCCCGAGCAAGCCCAAGGGCAAGUCUUGCCCGGGCUGAAGCCCGAGUUGGCUGA